UAUAUAAAACCAGUUUGGUUGUUUUAUUUUUUCAGAGUAAGCAAAGCAUGGUCAGAGAACUGGAAGCAGUAAUUCAUCUGAGAUUUUCAAAUUUGAAAUCUGGGCUUCCGUUAAUCCCAAAUAAAAUGAAGAGUGCUGAGGAACUACAGCAAAAACUGUACUUUUUGUUGGAACGACUUCAAGAAAUGGCCAGGAAACUCCCUUUACAAUAUCAACAACGAAUGCCAUACGAACUGUUAUCUGGUCUGGCCAACUGCCUUUUGAAUGAGACCAUCUUUAAAAUUGUAGAGGGUCUAACAGAAAUACAGCAGGUGACUGAAAAACAACUCCUUCAGCAACGUUUAAAACUGCUCCACAGACACAGAGCUGAAAAAGAAUCCUUGGCCAAAAAAUCACCUGAAUCUGUAACAGAAAUAGAAAAGGAACAAGUAGCCACUCACCCUGUUGAAUUAAAGCAAGCUGACAUGAACCUCAUCCUUCAAUUGGACCAGCUAGUUGCAGAUCAACAAGGCACACUUGAAAAAGCUGGUGUUCCUGGUUUCUACUCCACUAGCAACCCUCAAGAGAUACAAGCAAUGGUAUGGGGAGUCGCCUACCAAAUCGGAGCUCAAGAUGUGGAGAAAGUAUCAAAGUACCUGGAUUACCGAGAGAAAGAUGGCUACCAGCGGACUGUCACCACAUUCCAUCCCCACUACAACCACCAACCCCAAGAACCAGAACAAACAACUCCGUUUGUAUUGGAAUUUUACCUCGCGACGAGUGACAAUCCGUUCUACACGGGCCAGGAGUCGAUGGACAAGAUCGCCCGGCAGAUAGUUUCGGCCAGCGGGCCGAGUGGCACCAAUCGGGAAUACCUGUACCAGUUGGCGACGGCAGUGCGACAACUUGUCAUGGACGACAACCUGCCGGAUGCAUCCAUUCCCCAACACGGCGAUCCUCAUCUGUUUGAGCUGGAAAAUCUGGUUCGAGCUUUAGAGCAAGCUGGUGACAAUCAACAAGGCCCACAAUGACAUGCUAGAAUGAAAAGUCUCCCCCCAACAGUUGAAAAAAUUCUAAUAUAGUGAUAAUAAUACGCCCAGCAGCAGCCGGCUGGACGACUUGCAUGGAACUCGUUGUGUGCUGUGUCUGUUUUCUGUGUUUGUGUCUGAGCUUGUCACCGCAUCUAAUGGAUGAUGGCUCCGCGAUAAAAGAAGAAGAGUAGAGAUAGUUAAGAGACUUGCCACUCGAAAUGUCGAAAGAAAGAGACAAAAUGGAAAAAAAGGACUGCGAGCGGAUAUCCGCCGUUUGCCCGUGCAGAGUGCCGCCGCUGAUGGUGGUGCAUCACCGUGUGCGUUAUAAGGUAGAAGGUAGAAGGGGAGGAGGCGGGAUGGGUAAUUCUUUGUGUGUGUGUGUGUGUAACUGUGUGUGCGUUAUUGUUGUUAUGUGUCUGCCUCUGUGUGAAACAUGUCAACGAGUUUGCGGGGUAAUGCGUGUCGAGUCAGAGCGGCGGCCAGCAGCUCUCCCCCCACCGGUUGUCGCCAUAAUAGGUUCCCCUCUCUUUUGCCCCCGCUACAUCUACUACUAUGUGUACACACACAAUGUCGAUAGCUGUAAACGAAGAGACGUGGCCUUUACUAUAUACACUGAGCUAUUCCACUCUUGCCGCCGUAAAAGAGUCAACAGCAAUGAAAUAAAAAGAGACAACUUGAACCCGUCAACUUUGGAACAAGUUUCCUUCCGCUCUUUUUUUUUUAUUUUUCUGAUGAGAACAACAAAAGAUUUCCAAUGUUGUGUGUUUUCGACUGGCUGUGUAACGUCAUUACGUCGGUGACAACUAGCGUAUUGCAUCACAAUCCAACAAAAAUAAAAGGAGAGAAAGUUUU